UUAUAGCUGUACAAUAAAUGAUCACAAAUUGUCUGCUAUAAAUUAAAAAUAUUCACUGACAGAAUAAAAAUAUUCAAAAUUUGGCAUACAUGAUGUUUGAAUGCCUAUAGUACACUAAUUAUCAGCCAGAUGAAUGAAUGUCAAGGGUAGCACAGAAGUGGGAGAGUUGAUUGUCAGUGACCUUUGUACUGACUAAUCUGUUAGUUCUGAUAUCUUCCAGCUGUCUGUGAGAUCCAUAAAUACUGUAUCGUUGCGGCAAAGCAUUGUUGUGUUCUCUUAUAAACUAUCUGCACAGUGUUAAGUAUUUAUGUGUGAUAUUUAAGUCAGUAAUUUUCUUUCGUUUGGAACUGGUUUGAAAUGCUGGACGAGAUAGAAAUAUCUACAAAACAAGGUAGACUAAGAGGUCUGGUCAAGAAAUCAAUUGGCAGAUCUAACAAAUUGUAUUAUUCUUUUCAAGGAAUUCCUUAUGCAAAACCUCCAGUGGGAAAUUUAAGGUUCAAGGAACCUGAGCCUUAUGGCCAAUGGGAAGAUUCUCGAGAUGCCACAAAAGAAGGAGGUGAUUCUCUGCAAGAACACAUAAUAUUCCUAAAUAUACAUGGGGGUGAAGAUUGCCUCUAUCUCAAUGUGUAUACUACAAAGACUGGAGAGCAAGGAGACCGGAAGGCUGUGAUGGUGUGGAUUCAUGGUGGUGGCUUUUUCAGAGGCUCUGGGUCUACUGAAAUUUAUGGGCCUGACUUCUUGAUAGAAGAAGAUAUAGUCCUGGUCACAAUCAACUAUCGCUUGGGAGUUUUAGGAUUUUUAUCAUUGGAAAAUGAAAAGCUGCCUGGAAACUUGGGACUUAAGGAUCAGGUUUUGGCACUAAAAUGGGUACGAGACAACAUUGACAGUUUUGGAGGAGAUCCAAACAAUGUGACAAUAUUUGGGCAAAGUGCAGGAGGGGCUUCUGUACACUACCAUCUGCUGUCUCCACUGUCUAAAGGAUUAUUUCACAAAGCCAUAUUACAGAGUGGAACACCAAUGUGCCAAUGGGCGUUUCAGGACAAGCCCAGAGAGAAAACUUUCCUGCUAGCUAAAGAACUUGGAUGUAACUCUCAGGACCCUGACACUGUUCUGGAGUUUCUCAUGAAUGUUCCUUGCUUGGAUAUCCUUAAGGCUCAGGAAAGACAAACAAUACGAACAGAAAAGGAAAAGAUACAAAAGUCCACACUCCUCUUUUUACCUUGUGUUGAAGUAUCUGGUGAUGCUCCCUUCUUACCAGAUUAUCCUCGAAAAAUGAUGGAGAAAGGAGAAUUCUCCAAGGUCCCGAUCAUAAUGGGCCUCACUGACCAAGAGGGAUUGUCAGCUCUAGCACAUGGAGAAGUAAAGUGUGAAAAAAUAAAUGAAAACCUGUCAGUGUUGGUACCUCAUGACUUGGCCAUUACACCUGACAGUGAAGAAGAGCUUAGAUUAGGUAAGGAGAUUCUGCAGUUUUAUACCAACACUGACUCUCUCUCCUGGGAUGUUGUACCUCAGUAUGUGGAUUAUAUGUCGGAUAUAGCUUUUGCCUAUGCAGAAGAAUUUUCUCGAAAGUGCUUUUUAAAGCACCAUACAGCUCCUGUUUACAACUAUUUGUUUACAUACUUCAGCCCACGAGCCUUUUCAGCCAAGAUGAUACAGAUGGCAUAUCCAGACCAUGAAGCUGAUCAGUUCAUCGGAUGUGGUGCAAGUCAUGCUGAUGAGCUAAUACAUCUGUUCAAAACAAACAUUGAUAAAAUCCCCUUCACUUCUCCAACUGAUGAUGACCAAGCAUUAAUGAACAAGCUUAUAAAAGCAUGGACAGCUUUUGCUAAAACUGGAAACCCAAACUGUGUGGAACUCAAUGUAAUAUGGAAAGAAGACACUAUCCAAAAUCCUUGUUUCAUGGAAAUAGGAAAGGUUUGGAAAUCUACUGACGGUAUCUUAUUUCCUGAGAGAAUUGAGUUUUGGAAUAAAAUUUAUGAAAAGUACUCAUAUUUGUACUGAACGAAGAAAUCUGUUUGUACUGUAAUUUAUAAAAUGUUCCUAGCACUGUAAUGAUUGUAAUAUGGUUUCAUUAUAAUAUAUCUCAUAAAUCAUUUGUAUUAAUACACCUUUGCUUCUUGUUAAAUGAAAUUAAUUUCAGGAAUUACAAGAUUAAGAAAAA